AUGGGAGUAUCAGAAUUACCACUCAAGAUUCUUAUGAAAAUUGCUGAUAAUCUGUCGAUACUGGGCAAACACUUUUGUUCUCUGACAUGCAAAAGAUGGAGACACCCUUUUCAAAAGUGUCUGUUGAGAAACAUAGUAAUUGGCCCUCAUGAGGGUGCCCAAGUACUUGUCAGUCUUUUUAAAGCCUCUGGUAAAAAUGCUCCCACAUUAUACGGCCUCAACCUCUGGAUUCAUAGUCUACAAAUACAUCAUUAUUUUGAUGUGAGAAAAAUAUCAGAUAUGCAUUUUUCUGACCUAUUCGGAUACCUGCAAAACUUGAAGCACCUGGACCUUUGGAUUUUAUCAUCUGAUGAUAUUUACGGAGAGGUAACAAGAACAGGGGCAGGAUGGAAGUCUCUGGAAAGUCUGAAGAUACAAUACAGUAUGCCUGAAAAGAAGUGGUCAGCAAGAGACAUGUUUGAAUGUAUAAAUACAUGCAGCAUGCUCCAAAAAUUGAAAAUACACAAGCACGGAGAGGGUUAUUAUAUGGAUUUUAGUUUGGAUGACUUUGAAAAAAUGCACCAAAGCUUGCAAGAACUAUCUUCUAUCGAGGGGGACAUGUAUCUAAAUACUGACUUUUCGUCUACAUUGGACGCGCUCCGAAAUAUGACACCAGAGUUUGCUAUGACAUCCCUAGAUAUACGCUCGAAAAAGUACGAAAUGAAUGAUGACGCCACGGACGUAUCUGAUAAUCAUACGAAUUUGGACAAAGGGCCAAAAAUCAGAUCUCUUUUUCGAUCCAACCCAAACGCAUUUAAACACCUGGAAACAUUCGACUUCACGACCGACAACUAUUAUGAGUUUUCUGACUUAAUUUUAUGGGAUUUGCUCUGUCCAUUAAAAGUUCCUCUCAAGCAUUUGGCAUUAAAUGCAUUAAGAGAAGGCAAAGUAGACGACUCAAAUCCAAUAGAUAUCAACAGAAUCCUACAAUCAUUUUCUGAAACACUCGAGAGACUUUCCGUUCAAGGAUUCGCAUAUAGCGAUAAUGUCAAGAAUCAGACUCUAGAAAUAUCCUAUUACUGCCCGUUUUUGAGAUAUCUUUUUAUCGGUGGCAGCGAAGUAUAUCUUAAUGUGGCUGAUUUAUUGGACAAAUGCGUGGGUCUCAAAGAACUAAAAAUCCGUGGCGGGAAGUUGUUCAUUAAUCCAACCACACCAACCGAGGAGUCAAACCAACACCAUGGGCUGGAGAUUUUGAAGUUACAGAAAUGCUCUGCAACUGCCGAAGCAUUUAGUUACAUCUCUUUCAGAUGUAGAGGCUUGAAACAUAUGACUUUGCAUACUUUCUGGGUCCCUGGAUCUAUUUGUGAAGAAACCGGAUGUUUGUUAGUCGACAUGCCAUAUACUUUCUUAAAGACUCUGAACAUCGGUCAGGGCCAAUACGGCAUAUCACGCAAUGUCUCUUUUGGUACUUCUAUUGGUCUGAAAAAAAAGGAGAUGGACUUAGAGUGCCCUAUAAUGACUAGUCCCAAUAUUGAUUGGCUCUACACAUUCGAUUAUUAUGUCUAUCCUGGGACGUAUGUCCUAGAAACUAGAAAACUUUCAAGGGAAUACGCAGAUGUCAUACUUGAAUAUUAUCAAAACUUUCAGUCAAACUCGAUAGACCAAAUAACAAAAGAUAAUAGCUCUUACGAUGUAGCAAAUCCUGAGACUGGCUGGGAAUAUGACCUUUACAGAGGAUACGGCGAAUUGAGAUUUGGUAAUAUUGAAUCCAUUUCUGUUAUAAGUGAAGAAAAUGAUGAUACAUUUUAA